GUUCUUUACUCAGUGCUGAUUCUGUGUGGAAUGGUUUGACUGCUUUCAGUGAGUUACGCUGGGGAGAAUGCAGCCUAGCUGGUGUUGCUCUCUGAUUUUAAGUUUGCACAAGUGUUUAUUAGCAGAACAGUCAUGUCCAUUAAUAUAUUGGUACUUGAAGUUAUGGAAAAAAAUUUAGAAUUUUACAAUAAAUUUAGAAUUUUUCUCUGGCCUGUCCACGUACAACUCUUAGUUUGCACUCAGUCUACUCAGGUUGAAAAACUUUGCUUUAUUUGUGAUAUCUAAAAAGUUAAUGCAUAUAAGCUGCAUACCACUAAGUGUCAUCAUAAAUCCCUGAUCAAGAAGAAUAUGUGUUUAUGUGUAGUUGCAUGUAAUAGAAGCAAUGACUUAAUAAGCUUGAAGUAUACAGUCAAAACUCCAGUAGAUAAAUAACCCCCUGUUAAUAGGAUGUUUUUGAGUUUUGAAGUAAGUAAACAACUCUCUUGAUCAUUCUGAUAUUCAAGAAUACUGUUAUAUCAAAUCUUUUCUACUAGAAGUUUGCAUAUACAAUUAGAAAUUGGGAAAUUUUGGGGCACUUUUAUCAAAUGGUAAGAAGUAUAAUUAUAAUCACUUACUUACAGUGCAUUGGUGUAUAUAGUAGUGAGUAAUGGAAAUAGUAGUCUAUUACCACAAUAACUUUCUAGUGAUUCUGAGCAGUCCCAACAUAAAGAAGUAAGUUAGUGAUCUUUUUGUGAUCUUGCAAAAACUAGAAGUUAUCACCUUGUUUCUGUAUGUGAGAAAUUUUAAUUAAUAGCAGUAUUUUAAUGCUAUAAUUUUAUAUAAGGUAUUUUAGUUUCUUAGCUGUGUUUGCAUAGUAAUAAAUGGAAAGGGAACUUCUAGUGCUGUACAUAAAUGAGAGCAUAGAGGUUGCUGGUAUAAUACUGAAUGUAAGAUUAAAGCCCAAAUUUCAAUAUAGAUAUUGAUUUUAAAUAGCACCUUAUUAUUCAGUUUAUACUACAGCAAGUAUAUGUAAAGCAGUGUGUCACAAGUAGUCUGUCAAAGGCAACUGAGAACAACAUUUUUUGUGUUGAAAUGAUUCAUUUUUACUGUAAUUCUUUUUUUGCACUAGCACUGCUACUUUGUGAACUGUUCUUGAAAACAAUAGUCCUUUUCAGAAGCUUAAAUACUGACUGUUGAAGAUAGGAGCAACGUUUUUAUAAUGCACUGAUUUAUAAGUGAACAUUACAGAUAGAAAUGUGAAAUAGAUAGAACUUUACAGGUAGAAAUGAGUUGUAUCUAGAGCAGGACGUAAAAGCCAAGGAGUUCACAGAGUUGACUAUAUUAGUUAUUGUUAAUAAUUUUGUUUGGAAGGUAUGCAUAAUAUGCAUAACAAUCCUUAAACUGAGACUUGAAUAAGCAGAUAUUUUACGAAGUAAAUACAACUCCACCACGCAGGGUUGUGGAUGAUGUCAGAAUUGCACAGUGUUGGACAACUGUGCUGUGAUGUGUAGUUGCCAUCGACUUGGUUUGCAGGUCUGCAGGCAAAAUCCCUGGGAACUUUUUGCAUCCUUCCAAUUCCAAUUGUCUGCUUGUUAAUAUGCUGCAGAAGAACCCUUUUCUCCAGCAUUUCUUAAACACUUUAUAGAUCAUGUUGGUCUUUCAUAAAUCAGAAAUACUUGUUUGCUUAGUUGUUGGUUUUGAGAGAGCUUUUUAAUCUAAAUUGUUAACGUAGGCAUUCUGGGGUAAUUUAAGAGCUGAAAGAGAUUUCCAGCAUAACAAUAGGAUAGGAGAUGUAAUUAAUUAAUUAAAUCCCAAGAACUGAAUUUCAGAUGGUGGCUUCUAUUUAAAAUAUGAAACAUCAAAGCCAAGUUACUAACAUGUGAAAUACCAAAGAGCACUAGAAGCCUUAUUAUCAGCGUUGUAAAACUACUGAACACUUCAUGUGUUGUAUCUUCAAAGCCCUAAUACUUUGCCUGUCAGCUGGUCCUAAUACCCCUACAAAGCAAAGGUUAGCAGUAUUGCUUUGACUUCCGAGAAAAGUAGUUGAAAUUAUUUAGAUCUUUGUGAAUGAAUUUACUGUGGGGUCAUCAGUACAGCAUUGCUCUUCAAUGAAUAAUGUUUCCUUUGCAGGUGGUCAGCUUUUGUAUACUUACAGGAUAUCUCUUUAGUCCCAUCAGCUUGAUGUCUACUAUUCUAGCAGUAGAGCAUAAAGAGAGCUGGCAGACCUGGUGUGAUUCCUGCUUCUGCAACUCUGCUGGCAUUGUAGAUGUUGUUCUAAGAAGUAAAGAGAAGUAAGAGAUCAGGGUGGUAAAGGCUUCAGUAUACUGGGCCUUUAAUUGUGGCUGAGAUGUUGUGAUCUGCUUCUGGCAAGAUACUGAUCUUAACAUCAAUUUUCCUCCACAAAGCAGACACAGCACACACACACAAUUAUCUGGAGUGGUCUCUAAGUUGUGCAUUCCAGUCACAUCACAAAAAUCAUUUCUGGUUUGGCUGAGUCAUAAAAGGUUCAAAAAAUGCUUUGCGCAAGCUCAAUGUUUGGUUUUACAGUGAACUAUUGAUCUGCAAGCAUUCCUUUGGCACUGAGCAGGCUUGUGUACGUGUGUGUUGAGUGGAAAUUUCCAGCAAAUAGUCUCCUAGCACUCCUCUGGGUUUAUGUGUGUGUGCUUGAAUAUGGGGCUGGGGAUUUCAUUUUUAGUACCAACUGCUGCAAGAUGUAAAGGAGGAAGGUUUGCUCAAGCACUCCAUCUUAUAUUGUCUUGCGUUCAGAAGUGAUCUGCUGCACAUCAUGUUGCAUGGCAAGGUGUGAUGAGAGCGAGCAUGAGCUACCUAUCCAGUUACUCCAGAGAAAGCUUUUGGGUUUAGAGUAUAACUGUAAGAAUACGCUACUUGUUUGUGAGUGAGGUGAAAUUUAGCUAGUAGAAUUGCUUUGUGUCUCUAGGAAAAGACUAGCUGUUAUAUUUAUAUGAGCUAAUAGCUGUUUACUCUGAGGUCAACAAAAAGAAUCUCCCUUUGACUGCAAAGGAAUUCGAAUUUAGCUCAAAUUCCAAUAAUCCUGAGAGGUGGGGGCUGUAGCUCUGAAUAGCUGUUCCGUCGGCAAUUUCAGUUUGUUUUGUCUAAUCUUGCUUGUGCUGUAUAUAUGGACACGUUUUUAUUUUUUUGCGUUGCAACUGCUGCCAUCUACUGUGUAAAUGCUGGGAUUACAUGUACUUAACGCGAAGGGGUUACACUGGCUGACUUAAUGGAAGAAAAGAAGAAAAGCAGACUUAGUUGCUUUGGCCGGUCUUCCAAUAAACAUGCAAGCAUGCCCACCAGCGAAACCGAGUCAGUGAACACAGAGAAUGUGAGUGGAGAAGGAGAGAACCCAGCAUGCUGUGGGAGCUUAUGUCAAACCAUCUCAAAAUCCAAGUUCAGUCGACGCUGGCGUCGCUGGAAUCGAUUUAAUCGAAGAAAAUGUAGAGCUGCAGUAAAAUCUGUCACGUUUUAUUGGCUUGUUAUUGUCUUGGUCUUUCUGAACACAUUAACUAUCUCAUCGGAACAUUAUAACCAACCUGACUGGCUGACCCAGAUCCAAGAUAUCGCAAAUAAAGUUCUUCUGGCUUUGUUCACCUGUGAAAUGUUAGUAAAGAUGUACAGCUUGGGUCUACAGGCUUAUUUUGUUUCUCUUUUUAACCGCUUUGAUUGCUUCGUUGUUUGUGGUGGCAUUGUUGAAACCAUUUUGGUGGAGUUGGAAAUUAUGUCACCCCUUGGAAUUUCAGUGUUUCGCUGUGUUCGUCUCCUGCGUAUUUUUAAAGUAACAAGGCACUGGGCAUCCCUGAGCAACUUGGUAGCAUCCUUGUUAAACUCAAUGAAGUCCAUUGCUUCACUGUUGCUUCUGCUUUUCCUCUUCAUCAUAAUCUUCUCGUUGCUUGGAAUGCAGCUGUUUGGAGGCAAAUUUAAUUUUGAUGAAACUCAAACAAAACGGAGCACCUUCGAUAAUUUUCCACAAGCUCUUUUAACUGUAUUCCAGAUUCUAACAGGUGAAGACUGGAAUGCUGUUAUGUAUGAUGGCAUAAUGGCGUAUGGUGGCCCAUCAUCGUCAGGCAUGAUAGUCUGCAUAUAUUUCAUUAUCCUCUUCAUCUGCGGUAACUAUAUCUUGCUAAAUGUCUUCUUGGCCAUUGCUGUGGAUAACUUGGCAGAUGCUGAAAGUCUAAAUACAGCUCAGAAAGAAGAAGCAGAAGAAAAGGAAAGGAAAAAGAAUGCAAGAAAAGAAAGUCUGGAAAAUAAAAAAAGUGAGAAGUCAGAAGGUGACCAAAAGAAGCCCAAGGAUAGUAAGGUGACAAUUGCUGAAUAUGGAGAAGGAGAGGAUGAAGAUAAAGAUCCCUAUCCACCCUGUGAUGUACCAGUAGGUGAAGAUGAAGAAGAUGAGGAGGAUGAACCUGAGGUACCAGCAGGCCCACGUCCCCGGAGAAUAUCAGAACUAAACAUGAAGGAGAAGAUAACACCGAUCCCUGAAGGGAGUGCCUUCUUCAUUUUCAGCAGCACCAAUCCAAUUCGAGUGGGAUGCCACAGGCUCAUCAAUCACCACAUCUUUACCAAUCUCAUCCUUGUCUUCAUCAUGCUGAGCAGUGUUUCCCUAGCAGCAGAAGAUCCGAUUCGCAGCCACUCUUUUCGAAAUAAUAUACUUGGUUACUUUGACUAUGCUUUCACAGCCAUCUUUACUGUUGAAAUCCUGUUAAAGAUGACAGCUUUCGGAGCAUUCCUUCAUAAAGGGUCCUUCUGCAGAAAUUACUUUAAUUUGCUGGAUUUGCUGGUUGUGGGUGUUUCUCUGGUAUCAUUUGGUAUUCAGUCAAGUGCUAUCUCAGUUGUGAAGAUCCUCAGAGUUUUGAGAGUCUUGAGGCCCCUUAGGGCUAUAAACAGAGCAAAAGGACUUAAGCAUGUUGUUCAGUGCGUCUUUGUGGCUAUUAGAACUAUUGGUAAUAUCAUGAUUGUUACAACUCUGCUGCAGUUCAUGUUUGCUUGUAUUGGAGUGCAGCUCUUCAAGGGAAAAUUCUACAAGUGCACUGAUGAGGCAAAACAGAAUCCAGAGGAAUGCCGGGGGAUAUACAUUGUUUAUAAAGAUGGAGAUGUUGAUAAUCCAAUGGUCAAAGAGAGGGUCUGGCAAAAUAGUGAUUUCAACUUUGACAAUGUUCUGUCUGCUAUGAUGGCCCUUUUCACAGUGUCUACUUUUGAAGGCUGGCCAGCGCUGCUGUACAAAGCCAUUGAUUCCAAUGGCGAGAAUGUAGGACCUGUGUACAACUACAGAGUGGAGAUCUCCAUUUUUUUCAUCAUCUACAUCAUCAUUAUUGCUUUCUUUAUGAUGAACAUAUUUGUUGGUUUUGUCAUUGUUACCUUUCAAGAACAGGGAGAACAAGAAUACAAGAACUGUGAGCUGGACAAAAAUCAGCGUCAGUGCGUGGAAUAUGCCUUGAAGGCUCGUCCUCUUCGUAGAUACAUUCCAAAAAAUCCUUACCAGUAUAAGUUCUGGUAUGUGGUGAAUUCUACUGGAUUUGAAUACAUCAUGUUUGUCCUCAUCAUGCUGAACACACUUUGCCUGGCUAUGCAGCACUAUGGACAGUCUAAGCUCUUUAAUGAUGCGAUGGACAUUAUGAAUAUGGUUUUCACGGGAGUGUUCACUGUUGAAAUGGUUUUGAAGCUGAUUGCAUUCAAACCCAAGAUUUUUGUAAGAAAAAAGGAAAGAUGGCUAGGCUAUUUUAGUGAUGCCUGGAAUACGUUUGACUCCCUCAUCGUUAUUGGCAGCAUAGUAGACGUCGUUCUCAGUGAAGCUGAUCACUAUUUCACUGAUGCAUGGAACACUUUUGAUGCCUUAAUUGUUGUUGGUAGCGUCGUUGAUAUUGCUAUAACAGAAGUUAAUCCAAAGCCAACUGAAACAGUCACAACUGAUGAGUCUGGGAACUCCGAAGACAGCGCAAGAAUCUCCAUCACUUUUUUCCGUCUUUUCCGAGUGAUGAGGUUGGUGAAGCUGCUUAGCAGAGGAGAAGGAAUCAGAACUUUAUUGUGGACAUUUAUUAAGUCAUUUCAGGCUCUGCCUUAUGUUGCCCUUCUGAUAGCUAUGCUGUUCUUCAUCUAUGCUGUCAUUGGAAUGCAGGUAUUUGGAAAAGUGGCCAUGAGAGACAACAAUCAAAUAAACAGAAACAACAAUUUUCAAACUUUCCCCCAAGCUGUGCUGCUUCUCUUCAGGUGUGCAACUGGAGAAGCCUGGCAGGAAAUCAUGCUGGCAUGUUUGCCUGGAAAACGCUGUGAUCCAGAAUCUGAUUAUAAUCCAGGGGAAGAAUACACAUGUGGAAGCAAUUUUGCCAUCAUUUAUUUUAUCAGUUUUUAUAUGCUUUGUGCAUUUUUGAUAAUAAACUUAUUUGUGGCUGUCAUUAUGGAUAACUUUGACUAUUUGACACGUGACUGGUCCAUUCUGGGUCCUCAUCAUUUGGAUGAGUUCAAAAGGAUAUGGUCAGAAUAUGACCCUGAAGCAAAGGGAAGGAUAAAGCAUCUUGAUGUGGUUACGUUACUGAGACGCAUUCAGCCACCACUUGGUUUUGGCAAAUUAUGCCCUCACCGGGUGGCCUGCAAGAGGUUAGUGGCCAUGAAUAUGCCACUAAAUAGUGACGGAACCGUCAUGUUCAAUGCUACUUUGUUUGCUUUGGUUAGGACUGCUCUAAAGAUAAAAACAGAAGGUAACCUAGAGCAAGCAAAUGAAGAACUUAGAGCAGUUAUAAAGAAAAUAUGGAAGAAAACUAGCAUGAAAUUACUUGACCAAGUUGUCCCUCCGGCUGGCGAUGAUGAGGUAACCGUGGGGAAGUUCUAUGCCACCUUCCUGAUACAGGACUACUUUAGGAAAUUCAAGAAACGCAAAGAACAAGGACUGGUGGGGAAAUAUCCUGCGAAGAAUACCACGAUUGCUCUGCAGGCAGGACUAAGGACACUUCAUGAUAUUGGCCCUGAAAUACGCCGAGCUAUAUCCUGUGACUUGCAAGAUGAUGAACCAGAGGAAAACAAUCCAGACGAGGAGGAGGAAGUUUAUAAAAGGAAUGGUGCCCUCUUUGGCAACCAUAUAAACCAUAUUAGCAGUGACAGACGAGAUUCAUUUCAGCAGAUCAACACCACGCACCGUCCCUUACAUGUGCAGCGGCCUUCAAUUCCAUCUGCAAGUGAUACUGAGAAAAAUAUAUAUCCUCAUACAGGAAAUUCUGUGUACCACAAUCAUCAUAACCACAACUCAGUAGGAAAACAAGUUCCAAACUCAACAAAUGCCAAUCUCAAUAAUGCCAAUGUAUCCAAAGUUGUUCACGGAAAACACGCUAAUUUUGGAAGUCACGAGCAUAGAUCUGAAAAUGGUUACCAUUCGUACUCUAGAGCUGACCAUGAGAAGCGUAGAAGGCCAAGCAGUAGGAGAACCCGCUACUACGAAACAUAUAUUAGGUCUGACUCUGGUGACGGCCGUCGACCAACUAUUUGCCGUGAAGAACGUGACAUUCGAGACUAUUGCAAUGAUGAUCAUUAUUUGGGAGAGCAGGAAUAUUAUAGUGGAGAAGAAUACUAUGAGGAAGACAGCAUGUUGUCAGGAAACAGACAUGUGUAUGAUUACCACUGUAGACAUCACUGCCAUGACUCAGAUUUUGAGAGACCAAAAGGUUACCAUCACCCACAUGGGUUUUUUGAGGAAGAUGAUUCACAGACCUGUUAUGAUACGAAAAGAUCUCCUAGGAGACGGCUGCUACCUCCAACACCAGCAUCAAAUAGACGAUCUUCCUUUAAUUUUGAAUGCCUCCGCCGACAGAGUAGUCAAGAUGAUAUACCACUCUCUCCAAAUUUCCAUCAUCGCACUGCUUUACCACUUCACCUAAUGCAACAGCAGGUCAUGGCUGUUGCAGGUCUGGAUUCCAGUAAAGCUCAUAAACAUUCACCAAGUCGUUCCACGCGUUCAUGGGCUACCCCACCUGCAACCCCUCCCAACAGGGACCAUACCCCAUACUAUACACCUCUAAUCCAAGUUGACAGGGCUGAAUCUACAGAACAUAUGAAUGGUAGCCUGCCUUCCUUGCACAGGAGCUCCUGGUACACAGACGACCCUGAUAUCUCCUACCGAACAUUUACACCAGCCAAUUUAACAGUACCUAAUGACUUUAGGCAUAAACACAGUGACAAACAGAGGAGUGCAGACAGUUUGGUAGAAGCGGUACUUAUAUCUGAAGGCCUAGGAAGGUAUGCAAAGGACCCUAAAUUUGUUUCAGCUACAAAACAUGAGAUUGCUGAUGCUUGUGACAUGACUAUCGAUGAGAUGGAAAGUGCAGCAAGUAAUCUUCUCAAUGGAAAUAUUAGCAAUGGGACCAAUGGGGAUAUGUUUCCCAUUUUAAGCAGACAAGAUUAUGAACUUCAAGAUUUUGGUCCUGGCUACAGUGAUGAAGAACCAGAACCAGGACGAUAUGAAGAAGACUUAGCUGAUGAAAUGAUAUGCAUUACAAGCUUAUAGUAUUUAGCAAGGGAAAAGAUUUUAAAUAACAGAAAAAGUGCCUCAUAGUUUAAAGAUGCUAGGCACUAGUUGGGGUUAACCGAUCAAGUUUUGUACAAGUGAUGUCACACCUCAAGGAAGCCAUAACUAAUAAACAGAUUAUCUCCACGUUGCUGAAAUGUGAUCAGAGCUGCAGCACAUCAUCUCUUCCCACAGAAUCUUCAGUUUCUCUGUAGGAAUAAGGUUAUUUUGAAAAGAAGCAGGUUCUGACAAUCAGUUUUUUGAGGGCUAGAGUGGGAUUCUGAGGUGUAAUAUCUUGCCUGUUCUUCAACCUUGUGCUACUGUCCUUCAUAGUAGAGCAGGAUUUUGUCAGUGAAAAUGUGUAAGUCCAGCACAACACGAGGUGAGUGAUGACAACCAGUAAUGUCAUUACCUCAGUACUCAAGAGCAUAUCAGCUAUCCAUUGCAUAUCUAUUCUAAUACUGUUUUCAAACCUGCCUCCUGAUUUCUUUUCUUAAUGCUCUUCUAAAACAUGGUUUGUCAUGCUCUACCUGUUAGAGAUCAUUGGAAAAAGAAGUUAUAUAAAGAAUACUCUGUUAUAUGUAACAUCAGUUUACAUAGGAAAAUAUCAUUCAGAUAGUCUGUUUUAUGACUAUCACGUUAAGGGCAAAAUAUACUGGAAUAAUUGCAUUCUUACUAAUGCACUUGCAACCAGGUUAAAGUAGAAUUAGAUAAGAUAGUUUGCUAAAAAUUAUAUAGAAGAAAAUAUUGUAAAUGAAUUGUAAUAUACAAUGAUUUGUAUUUGUAAAGAGAUGUUCUAUAUUUUGUAAUUAUUGUACCGUAAUUGAACUGCAGCAAUAUUUAUGGACCCUAAUUAUUGUAACUCUCCACAGAAUUCUAGAUAUGAGUAUUUUUACUUGGAAUAUAUAGAUCUAUAGCAUAAAUAUUUAAAUAGAGCCACCUCUCAUUGUAAAUCUUUUUGGGAUAAAGUGUCAAGUGUGAACUUGACAACACAGACUUUUUUUUUAACAUAAUGGUGUCAAAUGAAUCUCUCUGUGUAAGGGAUGCACAGUUGACCAUUUGCAGUCUUAUACUUGGAAAGGUAAAAGAUUUGAAAUUAUUUUAACAUUUUGAUUGAAAAAUAAGCUGUAAUUUUAUUUUUGUAUUAAUCCCAUGCUACUGAAAUAUUAAAAUCAUUAAAAAAUUGGCAAGUUCAUGCCAGGGUACUACUGGUCAUGGCACAGUAUGUUUUGACAAAGUACACUGCCUAUGUACCCUACUGUGGUAGAAAGUAUCUAGGGCAGAAACUACUUCAUAGGUAAAGGAGAAUGCUUUACUUCAGUACUGCUUACUUUGCUCAGAAAAAGAAGAAGAAAUAUGAUUAAAUGAUUCUUCACAGAACCAAAAAAAAAAAAGAAGAAAAAAAUAUAUAAAAGUAUACUACUUUAUUGCCUCUACCUUUCUGUUUUAUGUGUACUAUUUCAAAGAUUUAUUUUUAUGCAAUCAAAAGAGGGCUGAGAUAUUGUUCACAAUGCAGUAAAACCCUGAAAUGACUUUGAGGCUAAUACAACCUUGGAGGAAAAUCAAAAAAUACUGAAAGCUACUGUCUAUUUUGUUAGCACUGGAUAACAAUGACUUGUUCUAACAAGUUGCAUUAUCAGGUUUUACCUGUAGUUCAUAUGCUAGAUAGCAAUCCAGUUCACAUUUUUACAAAUGUGAUGUUUAAAACAUGUCAAUAAACAUUUUGUACAUAAUGACAAUUUCCUAUGAAUAGCAUACAGACUUCCUCUGGAAUCAUUUCAAAUGCCAGGAUAAGAACUUAAAGGUUUGUAAAUUCUUUCUUGACCUAAAUCAUUUUGUAUUAAAACAAAUGCAAAAUGUUCUUCAAAAUAAAACUGUGUAAUAAUUUUAUUAUA